CGCCAUUUUGAUUUACGGAUAAUCACUGGCAAAUUUCCUUUGUUUCCAGUCAGGCCGUUUUUAAGACGAUUCCACACGAUAGCAGUUAAUCAGUACCAUAAACCGAAAUGGACGAAAGAAACAGCGAGGUUGCUAUGGACGGUCCCCAAGCUGUACACCCAGGAGACGAAACAAGCAUCAGCAUAGAAAUAGACAUGGGAAGAGAGCAGAACAACGAAGGGGUCAUUCCAAACGAAGAAACGUGCGGUCCCGCCGGAGUAGAAUCUGAGCAUCCUCCCUCACAGGGCCAUACAGAGCAAGUGGACAAGCUUACGGUGAAACGUAUUGUGGACAAACCGGACAAACGCUUUGUGUGCACGGAAUGUGACUAUAGGGCACUCUCAAAUGCUCAACUGUCAAUACACAAAAGAAAACAUACUGGUGAGAAACCCUAUACAUGUGACCAGUGUGACUAUGCUGCUGCAAAGAAAGGAAAUUUAAAGAGACACAUGGCUAAACACACCGGAGACAAGCCUCUCUUGUGUGGAGAGUGUGGGUACAGGACGACUGACAUGGCUUUCUUAACCAUACACAUGAGAAAACACACUGGCGCGAAACCUUACAAGUGUGACCAGUGCGACUAUUCUUCUGCACAGAAAGGCAACUUAGACCAACACAUGGUUAGACACAACGGAGAAAAACCCUUCAAGUGUGGGGAGUGCGGGUUCAGGACAGCUUUCAAGUCUUCCUUAGCCACACACAUGAAAAGACAUACAGGUGUGAAACCUUAUAAAUGUGACCAGUGUGACUAUUCUGCUGCAGAGAAAUCCACGUUAGGCCAACACAUGACUAGACACACCGGUGAAAAGCCAUACAUGUGUGGAGAGUGCGGAUACAGGACGGUUACCAGGUAUUCCUUAACCGUGCACAUGAGAACACAUACAGGUGUGAAACCUUAUAAGUGCGACCAGUGUGACUAUUCUGCUGCAAAGAAAGGGCAUUUAGAUUCACACAUGGCUAAACACACCAACGAAAAACCCUUCAUGUGUGCGGAGUGCGGAUACAGAACUGCUCACAGGUCAAACCUAUCACGGCAUAUGAUCAAACAUACCAGCGAGAAACCUACCAAUGUGACCAAUUAAUGUGACUACAGAGAUAAGGUAUCUAAACAAACACUUGAACAAACACACUUCUUAUGGACACAGUUUACAAGUGUGUAUACGGGACGGUUGGCAGGUCUAACUAUCCGGUCACAAACAAUACCAGCGAAGACUCAAAACACAACUGUGAUCAGAGCUACUUUUCUGCUUCAUCAAAGUAGUGUAUACCUGGACAUGGCCAAACACAAUGUAGGAA